AUGUUUCGCAGGAAACUCCAGGCCCUAGACCCUUCCGGGUUUAAUUGUAAAGAUGAAACUGAAUGUCGUAACUUCAUUGUCUGGCUAUAAGAUCAGAAAAUUAGACACUACAAAAUUGAAGAAAGGGGACAUUUAAGAAACAUACACAACAAUGAAUGGCCCAAUCAAUAUGAAAAUUAUUUAAAAGAUGUGAAUUGUCCCCUCAAAGUACAAGAACGUCAAGAGUCGAUUGACUGGCUACUGGGUCUUGCUGUGCGUUUAGAAUAUGGAGAUAAUGCUGAAAAAUACCAGAAUGCAAAACCGUUAAGCACAGAUUCUUCAAAGAACGCUGAACCACUUGUGAACUUGGAUGUGAAAAAUCCUGACUUUAAAGCUGGUGUAAUAGCUUUGGCAAACUUGCUGCAGAUACAGAGGCACGAUCACUAUGUCAUGAUGCUAAAAGCCAUUUGCAUACUCGUACAGGGACGGUAGUCUCCAGAAGCAGUAAGCAAGGCCAGCAAUACAAAAGAGAGUCUUCCUGUUGCAUUAGAAAAACACGUUCUUGGAUUUGAUACAGGAGAUGCGGUUUUAAAUUAUGCUAUCCGGAUACUGCGGUUGCUACACGUAGAAGAGCUUCGAGAGCUACAAACUAAAAUUAACGAGGCUAUUGUUGCAGUACAAGCCAUCAUUGCUGAUCCUAAGACAGAUCACAGACUAGGAAAAGUUGGAAGAUGAGAAUUUCAGUUGUAUCUAAUAAAUAUGCACUAUAAACCGAAAAAAAUAAUAAUAA